AUGUUCGCCAUUUCAUGGUACGCCCUAUGCCGAAGUGGCGCGUCAGGGGGCAGCGUCGCAUCGGCCUCCGCCACUUGCUGGCCCGCGCAGAGCGAGCCGCCGGCUGUGGCGCCUGCUCCCAAGGCGGCUGUAGUACAAUCUAAUCCGCCAACUAGUGAACAGAGCCCCGCGACUCCGGGGUCGUCGGGUCUCAAGGCCUCGCCGCGCCAGGCGAGGCCUGAAACUCGAACCAACAGCUCGCACGUGCCCUCCCAGGAGGCAAUGGAUACCACAUCGGUACCUCUGGUGCCGAAAGACCGGCGCAGGUCUCUGGACCACGCCAAGAAAACAAAAAAGCAAAUAACGGGGCCGGUCGACGGUCCUGCUUCUUGA